CACAGCUUCAUCAACACAGGCCUCUCUCUCCCGCGCGAUUUCCUUAAGCAAGGUUUCGUAAAAGCCCACUCAGUCCCUGGUGCCUCCUCUCCCCGGUGUUACAGCGGCGGUGUUGGUGAAGCUGAGUUAUAAUAAUCCUAAUUACGUUACCAAAACAAAGUUACUCGGUCGUAAUUUUGCGCCGUUCCGUGCCAGGAGCGACUUAAGUCGGCUUUACGAUUUUUAUGCAAGCUGACUGUCUGGAAAGGAAGGAAGCCUUUUCCAUGAGGAACUCUUCCACUCACAUCCAUUUGGCCAAAUUAGCAAACGCUGUUCCUCGGAAGAGAUAAAAAAAGGAAAAAAAAAAAAGCUUUUCUCGAGCGGUUGUUGGUUUUGCCCCUCGAUGGCAUCCAAAUUGGUCCUAAAGCCCCGAAAAAAAUAGUGAAAGAUAAAUGUCAGAAGUGCGAUGAUGAGUAAUUGAAAGGCAGCGAAUGAUACAUCGAAUAAUACGGGAAAAUAGUGAAAUGAAAAUGACGGACGUGUGAUGAUUCAUAAUUAGGUGAAAUAAAAAUAGUGAUUUACAAAGACAGAAGUGUUCGAGUAGAUCCGGAAGCGAAAGACAAGAAAGUUCAAAUAAAGUGUAUCAAUAAACUUAACUCUUUUAAGUUUAAAAUGAGACUCUGGAAACGGUGAUGAACGGCUAGGUUACACGAAAACUUGAGUGAAUGAACAGAGGAGACUUGUUACAUAAAACGGAACUCAUGAGCGAAAAUGCGAACUUAACAUUCGUCAGGGAUAAUGAAAUAGAAGACAAUAAUUUGAAAUAUAUAAAAUUGUUUAAAAAAUAAUAGUAUAUAAAAAAAUUAGAAUGUGUUACUAAAUCAAGGGAAAAAAUGGGACACACGGAACGGCGAAACGAAAAUAAAGAAGUGAAAUGAAAUAACGAGAAAAAACUCCUUUGUGAUAUAGAAAGAAAUAAUAAAAGUGCUAAAAAUACCAGUGAAAAAAUUGCAAUAAUGUGAUGGACAAAAACUCGCAUAACUGAUGUAUUAAGAGUGUACAGUGACAUUACACCUAACAGACUAAGAUAACAUGGCUUGGAUUAAAACACAAUAAAACAUAACAUAAACGAAAACUAACAAUAAAACGGAAAGAACAUAAUAAAAUCGACUGAGAUACAAUGGCUAAGAUUACAAUGGAGCCGCAACAAUAACAUUAAAUAAUUAUCAAAGGUAACAUAGAAAAAAAGGAAUAGUAGGAGGCCCACGUUUGCACGGUGUCCCUGUCACCAUACACGCCCCUCAGGAGCAACCCCCUUCCAUUACCUCCAUUCCCGGACUGCACGCCCACGGAAUGAGUGUAGUGGAGGACGCGGGCGUGCUCAAGGCCAGGGCCACCGACUUCUCCAUCGCUGCUAUCAUGGGCGCCGCUGCCAAGAUAGCACCCCAGACGUCCGAAGGGAAACUGUCCCGUUCGCCCUCGCCCCACCCGCUCUCUCUGCCUGACGAGGACCAAGAGCCCCCGGAAGUGACCUCCUCCUCAGAUGCCACCAAGGAUGACUCAGAGGUGGUCACCGGCCCUAAGGGAGGCGUCUCCGAAGGACGCGACUCGAAGAGGGCUCGCCUGGAGGGCUCCUGCAACUGCGAGGACCUCAGGGGCGUCACCUGCUACCUGGAGACCAAAGACCUCUGGGAGAAAUUCCACGAACUCGGGACCGAGAUGAUCAUCACCAAAAGCGGCAGGAGGAUGUUCCCGACGGUGCGAGCUUCCUUCACGGGUCUCAAGAGCGACGACCGAUACAUCGUCCUCCUGGACAUUGUUCCCAUGGACAACAAGAGAUACAGAUACGCGUACCACCGAUCCUCGUGGCUAGUGGCCGGAAAAGCAGACCCUCCUCCGCCAUACCGGCUGUAUCCGCAUCCGGACUCUCCGUAUACCGGCGACCAACUCAAGAAACAGAUCGUCUCUUUCGAGAAAGUCAAACUUACCAACAACGAGAUGGACAAACACGGACAGAUUGUCUUGAAUUCGAUGCACCGCUACCAACCGAGAAUCCACUUGGUUCGACGCCACGAUUCCGGGCAGGGGCCCGUGACCGAUUUGGACCUGGAGGACCACAAGACCUUCAUCUUCUCCGAGACCGUCUUCACAGCCGUCACUGCUUAUCAGAACCAGCUGAUCACGAAACUAAAGAUCGACAGCAACCCGUUCGCCAAGGGCUUCAGAGACUCGUCUCGUCUUACAGAUUUCGAAAGAGAGACGAUGGAAACGAUGCUGUCUGAACACCCUUACUUCCGGAAUGCCUUGGCGCCAUCGCUCGACGCCCACCACAGCACCGCCUCGCCCCUCACGUUGGAAGAAAGGGCCAUUCUCGCGGCCCGCGCCCACAUGUUCUUCCGUUCCUCUCAUUCCACAACACCCACAACACCCACGACUUCGCUCGCCACCAGCUCUCUGGCCCCUCCUUCCUCUUCGUUCUCCUCGGGUGCCAUGGGAUCCGGCUUGUCGCCCAGCAUUGGCUCCGGAAUAGGAUCGGGGCUCGGAGGUCUGGGCAACCUGCCCCCAGCCCUGUCCCAGUUGUACAGUCUGGGAGCAGGACGAGCCACCUCGGGGCCUUCCUCUUCGGUUAAUUUCUCCCUGCAGCUGUGGUCGCAGUGGGCAGCGCUCCACGGUCUCAAUCAGGUCAAUGCAACUCUCCUCGCUCACCACGCCUCCAUCACGGCCGCGGCCGCCGCCCACACAAGCCCCUCGGGCGUGAGCACAGUGCCUAGCGUGGGCAGCGGAACCACCUCGCAAUCGAGCAGUAAUUCCGGCGGGGCUGAGGGAGGCGUGAGGCUGCCCAGGCCCGUCUACCCUCCCCUCGCCCCGGGGCUUCACCGCUUCGCCCCCUACUUCCACCCGAAAGGUUCCGUUUCACCAACCCAACCACGGCCUGGGUCCCCGGAUCCCCGCCCCCCUCCUGAAGGAUCCCCAGGACAACCUGCUUGAGAACCCGCCCACAGUAUAGCAACUUCGUUAUAGAGCAAUUGCUGGGGGACGGGGCGCGCGGGGUUGGGGGCUUCGCGUCCUGAUACGUGCGUGAUAGUUAACUCCUCAAAACCCGUUUUCAGUUUUAGAAGAAAUAGCGACGUGGUGACUAACCUCUCUUAUUCCAUUUAGUAGGUCAUUUACACGGCCAGUGUGCUCGUGACACGUUUACUGAAUAGACUGAAAUAUCGCGAUUAAUAUAAGUUAAGUUCUGGACGACGCAACUUGGGGAUGCUUCAUUAAUAGAUCACUAUCUACGUAAAACCUACAGAGACGUGAUGACCUAAGCUGGAUUUGGUGAAAAUUUCCUGCAGAACAAUACAAAAUGGACGAGUCUUUUCCUGAAUCAGGUAUAUAUAUUUUUCAGAGAUCAGACAGCCAUAUUGAACACAAUCAUUGUAAGCCCAGUUCGAAAUACUUUUUCUGAUGUUACGCCUUGCACCAAUAACCAUACAAUGGACGAACUCGUUUGGCUGUUUUACAUGGAACCGAAUGUUUAUGAAAGAAAAACAAACGCUUCGUGAAUCAUAAUAAUUUAUUCGGGAACAGUUUUUAUUUUUAUUAUAGAACGCAGUCAUUUGAAGAAUGAAAAUAUACAUAUA